UGUGUGUGUGUGUGUGUGUGUGUGUGUGUGUGUGUGAGUGUGUGUGUGUGUGUGUGUGUGAGUGUGAGUUCUGAACUAGUGGGCAUGAAGAGGCAUAGAGCAGUACAUGUUACAUUCAGCUGAUUGAGUCCAUGAUCAAGAAUGAAUAAACAUCAUUUUCCAUAACAGUCUGUUAACCUGACUUGUAAUAAAAUGCAACCGGAGCUAGCUCAAGCUGAGUUCGGAGCUCACAGAGACUAUUGGGUCGGUGGGGUUUGGCUCCAGAGUUGGGUCAUCGAGUGCAGCUCGGUGUGCAGAUCCUGUAUUGCUCCUUGUGUUGCCACGGAGCUGUUAGAAUGUUUCCUGCUGGAGGCGCUAGUGAGCGAGCACUGCCAGAGCUCAAGUGUUUACAUGGAGGUUGUAGCUCUGCAUCUGGAGGGGGAGUGGAUGAACCAGCUCCAUGUAGAUUCUCCAGAGGAAUGCAAACAAAGAAAAAUCCGACGUGUGGGUGUCUGAUGGUUCCAGAUGUUUUCUGCAGCUGCAUGACCCCAUAUGUUUGUGCUCAUUCUGGCCCAGCUGAUCUUUUUUAAUGUGCAGUAAAUCAGCAGAGACAUGCUCACUUCUGAGCUGGACCAAUCACAAAACUCCUGAGGAACUUCCUCUGCAGUUGAAAAUCACGUAAAAAUUGCACAAAGCAUCAUGGUUCUGGUGGCAAACAAAAAAUUAAAAUAAAAAACACACAGAUGCUGUUUGGUUUAUUAAAUCCAAUUGCAUGGAACCAUUUGUGGUGUCUUGUUUCCCCAGGGGACUGAUUUCAUUGAACACAAGCGUCAGCUACCUGAUAGAGCCACUUCCUGAAGCUCAGAGGCACGCUGUGUUCAGAGCCGAGAGCCUCCACCUUCCCAGGGGAAGCUGUGUUCAUCACCAUGGCGAUGAGGAUCAUCAGGACAGGCUAAAUGACUUCAUCCAUGGAAUGAUGUCACUGCAGAGUCGCAGGGAGAAGAGGGAACUGAGCCGGAACAUGAAAUAUGUGGAGCUGCUGCUGGUGGCAGACAGCGCUGAGUUUGAGUGGCAUCAAAGGAGUUUGGACAGGACCCGUCAGAAGCUGCUGGAAGCUGCCAACCUGGUUGACAAGUACUACAAGGCUUUGAACAUCCGUGUGGCUUUGAUCGGUUUGGAGGUGUGGACCGACCAGGACAAGAUCAGCGUGUCCGAUAACCCGCGCAGCACUCUGGAUGCGUUUCUGUCCUGGAGGAGAAAAAUGCUCAAAACUCUCCCCAACGACAACGCCCAGCUCAUCACGGGGAGGUCAUUCCAGGGCACCACCAUCGGGCUGGCCCCUCUCAGGACCAUGUGCUCUGACUACCAGUCCGGUGGAGUGAACACGGACCACGCACCCGUAUCUUCUGUCGGCGUUGCCGCCACCAUCGCUCACGAGAUGGGCCACAACUUCGGCAUGAGCCACGACACCGCAGGCUGCUGCCAGGCGAGAGCCGAGGACGGAGGCUGCAUCAUGGCUGCUGCUACCGGGGCUCCAUUUCCUAAAGUCUUUAGUGGCUGUAACCUGAGGGAGCUGGAAGUCUUCCUGAGCUCUGGAGGAGGGAAGUGUCUCUUUAACGUGCCAAACACCAACUCCCUGUAUGGGGGGAGGCGCUGUGGCAACGGCUACCUGGAGGAGGGAGAGGAGUGUGACUGCGGGGAUGAAGAGGAAUGCGCCAGCCCCUGCUGUAAUGCCAACAACUGCACCCUGAAAGCUGGAGCCGAGUGUGCUCAUGGAGUCUGCUGUCACAACUGCAAGCUGAAGGAACCUGGAGAUCUUUGCCGUGCUCCCUCUGGGCCCUGUGACCUGCCGGAGUACUGCGAUGGAAAAACCGAGUCCUGCCCUGCUAACUUUUACCUGGUGGAUGGGUCGUCGUGUGCAGAAGGGAAGGCUUACUGUUACACCGGCAUGUGCCUGACCCUGGAGCUGCAGUGUCGUUCCCUCUGGGGGCGAGAUGCACGCCCAGCCCCAGACCUGUGUUUUCAGGAGGUGAAUAGAGCUGGCGACAUGUACGGGAACUGUGGGAAAGAUCAGCAGGGAAGCUACAGGAGCUGCAGCGACAGGGACGCAAAAUGUGGCAAAAUUCAGUGUUCGACCUCAGCCUCCAAACCCAUCGAGAACAAUGCCGUUCGCAUAGAGACCACCGUCACAGGGGACAAGAAGAAGAUCCUGUGUUUAGGCACACACGUGUACAAUCUGCAGCCAGACGAGGAGCCACAGGGGGACACUCUGGACCCGGGCCUGGUCCUGACGGGAACCAAGUGUGGAGACGACUCGAUUUGCUUUAACGGAGGCUGUCGUAACGCAUCGUUCCUUAGAGCUGGCGAGUGCACAUCCAAGUGCCACGGACACGGACUGUGCAACAACAACCACAACUGCCACUGCGACUCGGGCUGGGCUCCUCCGUGGUGCAGCCAGAGCGGGUCAGGGGGGAGUGUGGAUAGUGGGCCCGUCAUCCCCCGAAGCAGCCUCCUUCCUGUGCUGCUGCUUGUGGCUCUCUUUGCCUUUCUGUCAGCAUGUGGAUUGUGGUGGGGCUACAAACGUAAACACGUCCAGCUGAAAGCACCCGCCCCGCCUCCAGCACCAAAAUGCUCAGUCACGGUGGAGGCCAGGCCUUUAAAUGCUGCUGAUGAUGUCAUCGGUCACGCCAACCCAGCGUUCAUGGCUAAGAGUCAGAACUCGGCUUCUCCUCGUCCGAGCCCGUCUCGUCCAACUCCAUCCAGACCUGCUGUUGUGCGUCCAGCGGGGAAGCCUCCGCCCGUACUCUCCAGCGCUGCCGAGCAGAAACCACAGACGUCUCGGGGCUCACCUGCUGCCUCUCUUCCUCAGAGACACGUCUCUCCUCAGGGUUGCCUCCAACCUGUUUUUAGGUUUCCCCAUGUCACUGUGCAGAAACCAAGCCGGGUGCCUCCGUCACUUCCAGGACCUCCAUCGCUACCCUCCAACAAUCCUAGAGGCCUAUCCGAGCCAUUAGCAACAAAUAAGCAUCGUCCAGACCCGCCAAAGAGGCCUCCACCUCCUUGUCCUGUUAAACAAUCAGUGGACCAUCGUGUGAAAAGCCUACAGGCUACCACUAAUGCUGCAAAAGCUCGUCUGGCGCCAUCUGCUGGUCAGAAUAAGCCAAAUCAAGCCAGAGUCUAAACUGGGAGCUCAGGGAGGCCCUCUGGAGACCACCACUUGUAUUCAGUACUGGACAGCCGUUUACUCUUUUUUAUUUAAUAAUAAUAAUUUAAUAACACCUGCAGCACUGUGGUGUGUAAUAAAUCCUUGACGGUGUGUUUACAUUGCCGUGCACUGACAUGAAGGUGAACACGACAUUUAGGCCUAAGCUUCUGUUUUCAUGUUCUCAUCUGCUUUGAUCACUUGAAACAGCCAGAGCUGUCAUGUUUCUCAGUGUUUUACUUUCCCAUUUUUUGAUUUAAAUGUGAAGUUUUCUGAUGGUAUUUAUUCAAAAAGGGUUCAAAUUGAAAAGGAGAAUGUUUACAUCGCAGCUUUGUAACAAGCAUGUAAUCCGUUAGUCAUCCGCUAGAAGAGAAUGUCUUUUUAUGACGUAACCCGGGAACAUCCCGCAUGCAUGCUGCCAGUUAGUCAGAGCUGGGAGGCCUCUGAGGUUUUUAUUAUUGUUGUUGUUGUUGUCAUGUUGCACUUUUGGGUUAAACUCACUAUUUAAAGGCAUAAAGGGUGAAAAGGUGAUAACUCCCAGCAAGUAUGAAAUCUUUGAAGUCCAUGAGGAGUGGUUGGUGAAAAUGUUACUGUAAGGUGACCAUUUUAACCCACGAUGACUUUUAUUCCUCUUUGCUGUACGUGCAUCUGAAACUGGAAACCCAAUGAACACAUGUAUGAAUAAAAGUGUGUUCAACUUUUGCAAA